UUUUGUUUCACAGUUUUUUAAUUACUUAAAAUUUAUGUAAUUGUAAGCCUAUUGUCAUCCUGUGCCUAUAAAGUUUAUCUAUUUGUAACAAAUGUGAUGAGGAUUUCUGCAACCCACCUAUUAGUUGCUGUUUUGCUGUGCAUACCUUUUCUUCAAGAGGCUGAAUCUGCUAGGAGGAGGCGAAGAUGUUACCUGAGACUAUGUUAUAAAUGUCAAAUGUAUGUGAAUUCAAGGGGAAAGAGAAGUAUUAUAGACGGUGAAAAUGAAUUUGAUACUCCUGAUAAUCCAUUAGAAGAUGAUGUUGAGAUCAGAUUCCAUCAGUCAAGAAAAGGAAAAAUCCCACGAUGGACAGAACGUAAUACACGUCAGAUGAGUAUGAUGAUUAAUGCAGAACAAGAUAUAUUCGACAUCGUCAAUCCAGCUUACAUUGAUCCGAGUCCUCAAGAGGAAAAGUUUGAUGUGUCGAUAAAAAGCAAAGGUCGACACCGGAAGCGUUCCGUCAGUUCUCAUGUUGGAAGAUGCCUUUACUUGCUUCGUUCAAAGUGUUGUCGCGAUUACCAUAACUUGGCAACAUACAUCGGUUAUAGGAUGAAAAAAGUGUAAUUUCACCUAUUUUACGAUUUUGUCAACAUUUUUUUAUUUGCCAAGUUUUAUGAUGAAAUAAUUCAUCACUUGGGAAGUUCGCUCUCAACUCUUGCUUUUGACCUUUUUUGCUUAUCAAAACACAUCUCUUCAUUAUAGUAUUGAAUCAUCCUAACUUCGUUGUAGGUCGUCUCUCUUAUCUCUAAUUUCAGGUACUUUUUCAUCCCAGCCCGAUAUGUCAGGAUUAAUUUUUUUUACAUUGCGUCGUCAAUAUACCUUUCCAAUAUUUUAAAAGUAUGAAGAAUCACAGAUUGGGGCAAUAAAAAGCGUUUGGUUAUUGUUGGUUUUUCAAACUAAUAUAUUAUGAAUGAUUGAGAGUGAUCAGCUUUAAAAAGUUGUCUAUGAAGUGGAACUACUGAAUAUGCACAGCCUCUUGCAUUACAGUAGGUUAAACUACACAAACAGUUUCUAACAUGCAGCCUUCACUUGAAAAAUUAGAGUAGCAUAAAUGUAUCUUAAUUUAUUCAUACAUCGUUUGCAAAAUUUUCAUGGAUACAUGGAAAUCAUCUUGCUCUACUGGUAAUGGCUUUUUUGCUCUAUGAGUAACUUUUGUAAUUUUGCAAAUUUAGCUACAGUUCUGGCUGUCACAGAUCUGCUUUAUAUAAUUAGCAAUGUAUAAUAAUAUAGGAGAGAUAACAAAGUAAUUACUACAUGAUGUCAUCUGAUCAUGUUUACGCCCAUCACUCUAAAUUGCUUCGUAUUUAAUCAAGUUAAGAGCUAUUUCCUGAAAUUAAUAUUUGGUAAUCAACCAUGAUUAUACAUUACAUUUCCAUCAAUGUACUUAUCUCGUGCCACCCAUAUUUUUUUGUAGACAAUCUUUAAAAUCGGAUGGCAGUGACAUCAUUUAAUUUCGUUCAUGAAACGAUUUGAAAUGAUGUGAUCAAUUUCGUAAACUACUAAUCAAAUAUUUUAAACCAAUCUUAUGUCAUUUUUUACUUCUUCGAUUACAUGUUCAUAAUGAAAAUUACACCAUCAUAGAUUAGUUUGGUCCUCAAGAGUUUUAAGCUACUUGAAACACUUUCAAUAAAUCGUUUCAAUUGCAUGAUUGAAUCCGGCUAUCUUCUGCUGUUGUGAAAUCAAACUCUUGAAUAGCGGCAACUAUGACCAAGACGUAUAUUAAGCAGACUAUGAUUUAUACCUUGCUUCAUGAGUAUGAUAUUACUGGUGACUUUGUGGUUACUGGUACUGAUUAUUAUAGGAUAAGCUCUCUCAUAGUAUGCUAAGUCAUUGGAUAAAAAAUAAUGUAUUUUUAUUGAACCAGUACAGUAUUGUGUGUUUUUCAACAUGUGUUAUGUUACAUGGUUUGCUAAGUUUAAAGUUGCCGAUCACGGUUUUUUGAGAAAGUCUCAUAUAUUUUUGGGAUUACCAAAAGUUUAUUGGUGUUCAAUUUUUUUUCUGUCUUUAGUAUUAUGCCAUUAUUUUAUUUUUGUAUCACUUUUCGCUUGUAAACUUUGCUUUUUCUCUGUUUUGUGCUACUUUUGUUUUCAAUUUUUAGUUUCCAUAGCAUGUGCUUUAUUUUAAUUUUGUCUGGCUUUGUAUGAAAUGGUCUUAUAGAUUGGAUUCAAUUUUUUAGUUCGUAUUAUACCCGAUCAAGUGUGGAUGUAUUAUGGUUAGUCAUGGUCUUGUGUUCAAGUGAAAAUAUAUCUAAUGAAAUCCUUGUUUGAAACAGCGUAGAUUUUUGAUUUGUUUAUAUAUGAUUGUGCAUAUACUUACUCUAUGACAGAGAUAGUUUUUUCUGGGUUAUCAGGUAUGAUUCAUGUCAAAACUAUUUCUUGGCAUUAAAAGUGUUUGGAAAUGAAAGUGCGAUUUUUUAUGAUGGUUCUAAUAAAAUUAACAAUAAAAUUUUUGUAAAUAUAAAA